UUGCACUUUCAUUUUCGUCUGGAUGAGGAGCAUGAAAAAGUAAAAAUGUCGAAGAAUCUGGAAGCUUAUGACUCUGCACUGCUCGGUAUCCUUCAACACGAAGGACAAAUUGCUAAAUUUCUCGAUGUAGUUCUUGGAUUUCUUUAUAGAAGGACUGACUUUUACCGGCUUAUGAAAUCAAAAGAUGACAAAUUAGGAUUUCCGCCUGGAGUAGCUGCCAAAAUUUUGCUAAGUGCAUACCAAAAAUAUGAUGAUCUUACAAGAAAAGAUGAUGAGGAAAGAGAGAAAAUUUUGCAGCAGAAACUUCAGCAAGAAUCUCCAGUUCCACCAGCUGCCAAAAUUGUGGAAAUAAGUUCUGAACCAGAGACAGCAUCAACUGCCAGUGCUAAAUCUACUUCACAACAAAAAACUGGCACUGCUAAUUCAGGCCCUAGUGUGGGGACAGAGGUUUCUGACCCCCAGCCCCAGUCAAAUCCAUCCCCAGAAGACAGCAAGCCAGGGACCUCGAAACCAUCCAAAACUGAAGAGGAGGAUCCAGAACUUGUGGCAAAGCAGAAGGUGUUUCAGUCCAACCCUGAGAGUUAUAAUGGCGCAAUACGAGAUAACUACACCUGGUCACAGUCAAUCACCGAUGUGGACAUCCGAAUUAAGAUCCCAAAAUAUAUUGUAAAAGGAAGAGAUGUUAAAGUAGAAAUAGACAAGAAACACAUCAAGGUGUCACACAGAACAGACAGUGGUUCCUGGUUAGAGGUUGUCAAUGAUGAUCUCCCUUGGGAAAUCAACAAGGAGGAAUCCAUGUGGACUUUGGUACCAAAGGAACAUGUCCAUAUCAACUUGGAGAAGAGAGAAGAAAGAUGGUGGGAAUCGGUGUUAACUUCAGAAGAAAAAAUCAGUGUUCGUAAAAUAGACGCAAGUCGGCCAAUGACAGAUCUGGACGAUGAGGCUCAGGCCAAAAUAGCAGAAAUGAUGUACAAUGAACAGCAAAAGAGAAUGGGGAAACCCACCUCACAGGAACAAAAAGUUCAAGACAUUCUCAAAGAUGCUUGGAAUGCAGAAGGAUCCCCUUUCAAAGGUCAAUCAUUUGACCCUUCAAAAAUCAAUAUGGGUCAAGGAGGGGUUGUAACUAUAAAUAACCAAGAAGACCCAGUGGCUAAGUGACCAUCCAAUGAGAGGCAAGGAAUGUAGAAUUAUGUUUCUAUGUCAACAUUCAUCUGUGUUUUCUUUACCUGGUGAGCCAAUGAAGAUUAAGUCAACUUGGGUACACAG